UAAGAAAUCAAACAAUUUUUUAAGGUUAUCUUUAACUAUUUCAUAGUUCAUAUUGCAUACUCCACCAACAAUACCAACAAUGGCGGCAGAGAUGAAAACGAAGACUGAAGAAGAAAAAAACAUGAUAGAGGUUUUUCCAAACGAAUGCAUUGCCAAUCUUACUCUCUCAAACAAUCCUGUCAUUAUCGACAAUGGUAAAAAGAGUUUUCAGUUAGAGAAACAAAGUGGUAAAAAGAUAUACAUGCUUAGUGCUAGAGAUCUCUCCAUCGCUUGGGGUGACACUCCUACCUACUGGAAUUGGAUAACUCUGCCUGAGUCUAGAUUCCAAGAAGUUGCUAGGCUAAAUUAUGUGUGGUGGUUUGAAAUUUAUGGGAAAAUUAACACACAUGUUUUGUCCUCAAUGUCAUACCCUAAUUUUUGA